CUCAACCCUGUGUGAGAUGUUGGGUUUCUUCUUCAUGAGACACUGUUGAGAAGUCGCAGUGGUUGGAGAGGCGUAGGGGGUAGACUACCUCUACUCCCCCCCCCCCCCCCCCCCCUUUUUUCUCUCUGGGAGGAGGAGGAGGGGAAGGGGGCUUGCAGAGCAAGCGAUGGAUGAGGAAAACAUGACGAAAAGCGAGGAGCAGCAGCCUCUGAGUUUGCAAAAAGCCUUACAGCAGUGCGAGUUGGUCCAAAACAUGAUAGACCUGAGCAUCUCCAACCUGGAAGGGCUUAGGACCAAAUGUGCUACCUCCAACGACCUCACACAAAAAGAAAUCCGGACCUUGGAGAGCAAGCUGGUGAAGUACUUCAGCCGGCAGCUGUCCUGCAAAAAGAAGGUCGCCCUGCAGGAACGCAACGCUGAGCUGGACGGCUUCCCUCAGCUCCGGCACUGGUUCCGGAUUGUCGACGUGCGGAAGGAAGUCCUUGAGGAGAUCACCCCCGGCCAGCUGAGUCUGGAGGACCUCUUGGAGAUGACAGAUGAGCAGGUGUGUGAGACCGUGGAGAAAUAUGGGGCAAACCGGGAGGAGUGUGCCCGCCUCAAUGCCUCCCUCUCCUGCCUCCGGAACGUCCACAUGUCAGGAGGCAACCUUUCCAAACAAGACUGGACCAUCCAGUGGCCCACCACGGAGACGGGGAAGGAGAACAACCCCGUGUGCCCCCCGGAGCCGACCCCGUGGAUCCGCACCCACCUCUCCCAGAGCCCCAGGGUCCAGUCCAAGUGCGUCCAGCACUACUGUCACGCCAGCCCCACCCUGGGGGCCCCCGUGUACACCCACGUGGACAGGCUCACCGUGGACCCCUACCCGGGCCUGUGCCCGCCACCGCCUCUGGAGUCGGGGCACCGGUCCCUGCCCCCGUCGCCCCGGCAGCGGCACGCGGUCCGCACCCCGCCGCGCACCCCCAACAUCGUCACCACCGUGACCCCGCCAGGCACACCACCCAUGAGGAGGAAGAACAAACUGAAGCCCCCCGGGACCCCGCCGCCCUCCUCCCGGAAGCUGAUCCACCUGAUCCCGGGUUUCACGGCCCUGCAUCGGAGCAAGUCUCACGAAUUCCAGCUGGGUCACCGCGUAGACGAGGCCCACACGCCCAAAGCCAAGAAGAAAAGCAAGCCCUUGAACCUCAAGAUCCACAGCAGCGUGGGCAGCUGUGAGAACAUCCCCUCCCAGCAGCGCUCUCCGCUGCUGUCCGAGCGCUCCCUCCGCUCCUUCUUCGUGGGACAUGCGCCCUUCCUGCCCUCCACCCCUCCCGUCCACUCCGAGGUCAAUUUCUCUGCAAACACACUGUCAGUGCCGCGCUGGUCCCCACAGAUCCCUCGCAGAGACCUCGGCAACUCCAUCAAGCACAGGUUUUCCACCAAGUACUGGAUGUCACAGACGUGCACGGUCUGUGGGAAAGGAAUGCUUUUUGGCCUCAAGUGUAAAAACUGCAAGUUAAAGUGCCACAACAAAUGCACCAAAGAAGCCCCGCCUUGUCAUCUCCUGAUCAUCCACCGAGGAGCAAGGUUAGUCCGGACAGAGUCCGUCCCGUGUGACAUCAACAACCCUCUACGAAAGCCACCCCGGUAUUCGGACCUGCACAUCAGCCAGACGCUCCCCAAAACCAACAAAAUCAACAAGGACCACAUCCCUGUUCCUUACCAGCCGGACUCCAGCAGCAACCCCUCAUCCACGACGUCCUCCACGCCCUCCUCGCCAGCGCCCCCGCUCCCGCCCAGCGCCACGCCGCCUUCUCCCCUACACCCUUCUCCUCAGUGCACAAGGCAGCAGAAGAAUUUCAACCUGCCAGCGUCCCACUACUACAAAUACAGGCAGCAGUUCAUCUUCCCAGAUGUGGUGCCAGUGCCAGAGACGCCGACGCGGGCGCCCCAGGUCAUUCUGCAUCCAGUGACCUCGAAUCCAAUCUUGGAAGGAAAUCCAUUACUUCAAAUUGAAGUGGAGCCAACCUCGGAGAAUGAGGAGGGCCACGACGAGGCCGAGGAGUCGGAGGAUGACUUUGAGGAGAUGAACCUGUCCCUCCUCUCGGCCCGGAGCUUCCCUCGCAAGGCCAGCCAGACCAGCAUCUUCCUCCAGGAGUGGGACAUCCCCUUCGAGCAGCUGGAAAUCGGCGAGCUCAUCGGGAAGGGCCGCUUCGGGCAGGUGUACCACGGCCGCUGGCAUGGCGAGGUGGCCAUCCGGCUGAUCGACAUCGAGAGGGACAACGAGGAGCAGCUCAAGGCCUUCAAGCGGGAGGUGAUGGCCUACAGGCAGACGCGGCAUGAGAACGUGGUACUGUUCAUGGGCGCCUGCAUGAGCCCGCCACACCUGGCCAUCAUCACCAGCCUCUGUAAGGGCCGGACACUCUAUUCUGUGGUGAGAGACGCCAAGAUCGUCUUGGAUGUCAACAAAACGAGGCAGAUUGCCCAAGAAAUUGUGAAGGGCAUGGGCUACCUCCACGCCAAGGGGAUCCUGCACAAGGACCUCAAGUCCAAGAAUGUCUUCUACGACAACGGCAAAGUGGUGAUCACAGACUUCGGGCUCUUCAGCAUUUCCGGGGUGCUGCAGGCUGGCAGGCGUGAUGACAAGCUGCGUAUCCAGAACGGCUGGCUGUGCCACUUGGCCCCAGAGAUCAUCCGCCAGCUGUCUCCCGACACAGAGGAGGACAAGCUCCCCUUCUCCAAACACUCGGAUGUCUUUGCACUCGGGACUAUCUGGUAUGAACUCCAUGCCAGGGAGUGGCCUUUCAAGACCCAACCAGCAGAGGCAAUAAUCUGGCAAAUGGGCACAGGCAUGAAACCCAACCUCAGCCAGAUCGGCAUGGGAAAAGAAAUCUCGGACAUUCUUCUCUUCUGCUGGGCCUUUGAACAAGAAGAAAGACCUACCUUCACCAAGCUCAUGGACAUGCUGGAGAAACUGCCAAAGCGAAACCGCCGCCUGUCUCACCCUGGACAUUUCUGGAAGUCUGCAGAGCUGUGACCACUGAACCAAGGGGACAGCGCUCAGCUGCCUCAGCUCCCAAGCCACCUCUCCUCCCCCACUCUGCCCUCUGCCAGUUCAGGAGGCCAGAGGCUCACCAUCAGAGGGUACCGACCCCGGCCGGCCUGGGAGAGCUGCACGACUGAGCCCAGCGGCUUCCCUGCACCCAGACUCACGCCUUCACUCGGGCAAGGGCAGGGACCCCACGCCAGGACUUCACGGGACCGGCUAGGGGGACACGGAGUUGACCAGUGAGCCCUGGGGGACGGUGUAGACAAAAGAACUAUGGGCUAAAUGCAGAGCCCCUGGGCCAUGGAGACAAGGGCAGGGGGCCCACGCGGGCAGGCUCGCAGGACUGGUCUGUGUGCGUGUGUGUCUAUGUGCGCGAUGCCAUCUGCUCUCAACUCCUUUUGACAAUAGGAGUAAGGCUGCCCCGGGUCCAGAGUGGGGCACCCCACCCCCAGCUGUUUUGGUGUCUUCGUGGGGGGGUUUCAGCUGCGCUCUCUGCAAAGAUGGUGGGGGGCUGCAAAGCUGAGCACCUGCUUAGUGGAGGCUACAGGGCUGAGAUCUGGGCGGGGGUCUCAGCUGUUCGUUUGCAAACGUCUGUUCUCAGAGGCUCCACCCAAGCCCGUCAGGGUUUGGGUACCUUUGCAUCUUGUUCCAAAGUGCAUGUCUUCUGCCCUCUGGGUCUCUCUGGGGUACGCUGCCCCCUUUCUGCCGCCUUCUCCUGUUCUGUGACAGCCUCAUCCCUUUUUUCCUCUCUGCCCCCCCACCACCACCACAGUUUGGAAAGCACAGUGGCUCCCUGGCCAGGAUGACUUCAGGGGGGCUCCUUCCAGCUCACCUUUAUCCAUGACACCCUCUGAAGUCUGAGCCUUGGGAAAUGGGGCUCUGGGAGGGGUAUGUUCUAGGACAUUCUUUCUCCCUCCCUCUGCUCUUGCACUCACACCAGCUAAGUUUGUCCACCACGAUGACAGAUACGGGUUGCUGGGUUAUGUGUGUGUGUGUGUGACGGGUUGUAUGACGCGUGCAUGGCAUCCUGUUUGCCAGUGAUCUCUCCCCCACCCCCACCGCUAUGCCCUUAAGAAGUCCUUGGGGAGGCGAGGAGGGAGGCUGUUCUUCAGGGCUUUGUGUCCUGGGCUCCAGCCGGUGCCGAGCCCCAGAGUGGCUUCCCCAUCCGAUGUCUCUGCACACGCGGUUCCCCCACCUCCCAUCGCUCGCCCCCUCCCCAUCUGGACCAGCUGCUUUUUCUGACCACACUGGGGUCCAGUAUUCUACGUGGAGGUUGCCGGGAGCAAGUUAGGUGCAGAGCGAUAAGGAGAGCCUCUAUCUUAUGUUCCUUAUCUUACAAGGGAAUGUCUUUCGUUCCCCAAACCCUGCAUCCCACUCACCUGACCUGGCAUUGGGGGAACUGUGUCCGCCAGUAGGGUACUAGCAGGACAGUUGGGCAUUAGGCAGGAAGCCCAGGGUCGGCCCACAGUCCUGCCGAACGUCCUGGGCACUGCCCGGGCUUGGCUUCUUCUGAUCACCACCUCAUGCAGACAUCUCCCUCCCAGAGAGGGGACCUCAGACUUCAAAAACCCAACCUAGGCUCAGACUCAACAUCCAACCAGAGAAACAGGGCUCUUUCCCACUCUGGGUGGCCCCCAGACAGGUUCAUGCUCUGGGGGCCAAGCCUGCUUCCACACUGGGGAAAAUGAUGAGACCAGUCAUGCUUCCCGAGACCCAGGCCGAGGGGGAGCCCUGUGCCUCCCCAAAGGCCUUCCUGAUCACCUUCCCAGUGCUCCCAGCCACCUGGGACCAGAGACUCCAGGCCCUCACAUGGGCCGUUCUGAAUGUUCCUCUUCUGGGGGCAUCUGUCGCUGUGGCCCUUGGGCCACCUUUUGUGUGUCCUAGAGCCAUUUGCACAUGUUUGCACAAGCCCCAGCUGCUCUGAUGUUGCUGCAGGCAGCUCUCCGUGGCUGCCUCCCUGUCCAGGCAGGUCCCCCAGCAGACGUGCCCCAGACCUCCGCUCAAGCCUCCUGAGAGUCUUGCACCUCUUUAGCCCAAUCAGACUUCUUGGGUCCCCGGACCCAUCUUUAUCAGGGACCUCUGUGCAGGAGAAGGAAAGGAGGGAGGGGAGGAGUAGUCAGGGUCAGCUGCCUAAGGCCAAAAUGCUCACCAGAACCUCUGGCUGCUGUUGUUUCCAGAAUUAAACUAACAUGCCACCCAGAGCCUUUGGCAGGGCCCAGUGGCAUCGCCACAGGCUGAUUUUUCCAUUUGUUCAUAAGCACCAGCUUGAGAUUAAAGACAGGGCCUGAGAGACCAGGGAGAAGCCCCCUGCACCUUUGUAGCUCCUCUGCCUGCGGAACUGGGUCCCGCAUCACCUGCUCCCACCUUCUCCCUCUUUUCCCAAGUCUUUACUCAGCUCCCUCCUUCCUCAGUCUCUGCUGCAACCAGUCCAGCCCCUCCCUGUUACCUUCCUCUGGCUUCACCACCCUGAAUUGUUUAGAAGCCAGCUUUCACAGAAAGAACCAAACCGCUGCUUUCCCUGCUGACCUCCAUCCUCAUUCACUGAAGCACUGGGAGGAGGUCACGUUCAUUCAUCUUCUGCAAGGAAGGAAAAGGGGUGUGUGCAUUUACAUCAUAGUUGCCAGACCCACCAUUGGCUCACUCUGCAGAAUCCACGCGACACAGAUUGUGUGCACACGUCCCACCACAGCUGCACGCAGGUGCCCAGCACCCAACUGCCAGUCGCUUCUGUCUCUGCCUCACUUUCAGCAAAUGCUCACACACACUGGCUUCCCAAAGGGACCAGUCCGUGGGGUAAAGAGUCACUAGGGAGUCGUGACCCUGCCUUUUUUGCAGGGUGUGUGGAUUUGUACACUGAAUUCCACCCGGUUCUUCCCGGCCACAGGUCUUUCAUAAAAUGGGGGCGGGGGGGAGUCCCCUUGGAGGGAAACUUCCUUGACCUUAUGUGGGGCCAUCUCCACAUGACACCAUUCCCAGAGUGGACUGGAGAUCAGAGAUUGCACUUAAUUGUUUUGUCCUGGUUUUCCUUUUGCUGGUCAAAGAGAAAACUCUCAUCUUGCCAUGGACCACUCCCCCCCCGCCCACACUCUCUCUAUAUUUCUAUCUUGGAUUCUUUGCCAAUAGAAGCUCUGGAUUGCUAUCUGGAGACUAGAUUCCUGUAUCUGGGAAACCCUGGUCUGUCCCCGUUCCACCUCCCGCUGCACACAUCCUGCCCCACCCCUCAUCUCCCGCUGUUUUUGUGAUUGGCUAAGGAACAGGAAAGAAGUGAUAUGCACUUAGGCCCAGUCACUGUGUUUAAAACUUUAGACUUAAGGUAGGCAGAAUAGGCUGUAUCCAGCCCAUCAGAUGGUUUGUACAGUGUUUAACUGGAGGGAAAAAAAAAAAACAAACAGGUUUCACAGUAUGUGAAAACCCUCCAAAAUUCAAAUAUCAGUGUGAAUAAACAAAUGUGGCUGGUGUAUAGCCACACCCACUCAUUUACAUACAGGCCACAGUUUCAUUUGUGCCACGACUACUUGUAAGGGAGACAGGGUGGCCCUUCAAGCUGAAAAUAUUUACCGUCUUGCCCUUCACUGAAGACUUGUCCUCACCUUUGAUCUAGGCGACUGUCAGAAGGAAGGAAAAACCAGCUUGCACAUGGCUCCCAGCUGGGGAAACCAGGAGCUGGGAUGGGAGUCACAGGGGCCAAGAACAUAUUCUAGCAGGGGAAAGACUUUCCAACGGCUCGCUCUGGGAGGUAGAAAGCUCCCCAUCCUGGGAGAGGUGUGCGGACGUGGAGACCACUUUGUGGGCAGGAUCUGGAGGGGAAUU